GCACAAACUGAAAGUAAAAAGCGCAUAGCAACAAUGGCAUAAGAGCGCAGCAGUUUUCCUGAGCUAGUGCAUCCACCUCCAAGGUAUCUUUGGUUCAAAACGCUGGUCUGAUGUCUACAGAAGAACACAGUCCUGUCUAGACACUGAACCAAACACUGAGCUUGGGAUACAGUCUUUGAUGGAGCCUCCUUCUGAGCAGCUGUGGCCAUUGAGAAAAACAAUGACAGAAUGGGAAGGCACAGCAGGAAUGACUGAAGCUGCAGGAGGAGCUGGUAUCCCUGAUAACAGGCCUUGACCACCACUUGGCACUCUGUGUGCCUGGCAGCGCAGCAUGAUUAGAAUUGGGAGGAAGAGACUUUGGGCAUCUUUCUUCUGCUUUACGGCCUUCUUUUUUCUUCUUGUUACACUCCAGGUGGUUCUUGAACUGGGCAAGUCUGAAAGGAAGAUAAAAGUCUCCAGUUUACAAGAUGGUUCAUUAAAACUGGAGGAGCAGCAGAAACAUGCAUAUCAGUUUUUUAAUAAACAGGAACUCUACAGCAAUACCAGGAGAGUUUUAGAUGCGGACAGAUACCCUAUCCUACUUUGGUGGUCCCCGCUGACUGGUGAGACUGGGAGGUUAGGUCAGUGUGGACAGGAUGUCUGUUUCUUUACUAUCAAGAGGACCUACCAGCAUAAUCACAUGACAAAAGCCUUCCUCUUCUAUGGUACUGACUUUAAUAUAGAUAGCUUACCCCUCCCUCGUAAACGCCAUCACGACUGGGCCCUUUUCCAUGAAGAGUCGCCCAAAAACAACUACAAGCUCUUCCACAAACCUACCAUCACCUUGUUCAACCAUACAGCUACCUUCAGUCGCCACUCCCAUCUGCCGCUGACUACUCAGUAUCUGGAGGGCAUAGAGGUCAUAAAGUCUCUGAGAUACAUGGUUCCGUUGCAAAAGAAGAAUAGCUUGAGAAAAGGACUUGCACCGCUUGUGUACGUGCAGUCCGAUUGCGACCCUCCUUCAGACCGGGACAGCUACGUACGUGAGCUGAUGAGCUACAUCCAGGUGGACGCCUAUGGUGAAUGCUUGCAUAAUAGAGACCUUCCCCAGCACCUCAAAAACCCAGCCGCCAUGGAUGACGGUAACUUCUAUAGAAUACUUGCUCAGUACAAAUUCAUUCUUGCUUUUGAAAACGCAGUUUGCGAGGAUUACAUCACUGAAAAGCUCUGGAGGCCCCUCAAGUUGGGAGUGGUACCAGUGUACUAUGGGUCCCCCAGCAUUACAGACUGGCUUCCUAGCAAUAAGAGUGCAAUCCUUGUAACAAGAUUUUCACAUCCCAGGGAGCUGGCGCACUACAUCAAGGCACUGGAUACAAAUGACAAAGAGUACGAGGCCUACCUAGAAUGGAAAGUGAAAGGGGCCAUCUCCAAUCAACGACUGCUCGCUGCUAUCCAAGAACGCAAAUGGGGAGUCCAGGAUAUCACGCAGGACAAUUAUAUUGAUGUGUUUGAGUGUAUGGUGUGUAAUAGGGUGUGGGAAAACAUCAGAAGGCAGGAAAAGGGAUUGCCACCCAGGAGAUGGAACGCACAGGUUAACCACCUGAGUUGCCCAAAACCUGAGGCUUUCUUGUUCUCCUCUCCAAACAUACGCUGGACAUCUCUGCAAGAGAUGUGGAUACCAAGCUUUGAACAAUCCAAGAAAGAAGCCCAAGCACUGAGACAGCUGGUGGAAAGGAAUAUGAACUUUACAGCUCAGGAAUUUUGGACACUUGUAUUCAAAGAAGAAACACGAUAGGCUAUCACACAGAGUGAGCUCCCCAAAGGAGUCAGAUAUGUAAUAGUCUUUUGCACGAUGCCUUAACAUUUGUAGGUCAGUAAGUACAGGAAGGAGUUACAUUGUCCUGUAAGAUAGAAUGUAAUAGGUACAGUACUCAGUAAGUACUGAUAAACUACAGAAUUACCCUCAGCGGUCUUUUAAAAACUGUAUUUUGAUACUAAUUGUCAUUAGCUUGGACAUUUGAGCAUUAAGACCCCUACUCAGGAAGGUGCUUAAUGCACAUGCCUGAUUUUAAGCAUAUGAGUAGUCCCAGUGAAGCGAAUGGCACCAUAGUCACUUGCUUAGUAUCAGGCCCUUCCUUGCAGGCCUAGCAGAACCAGGCCCUUUGCCUUCUCUGAUCCAAGCUCCCACAUGCUGGGUUGACACUCACAGGCUAUGGAAUAGUUUAUACAAUCACAUAGGUGUGACCUCUGUGGCAGAGUGCCUUUGAGGCAGGUGUAGCGAUCAGGCCUGCUGCUCAGUAUGUCUAUUUAUCAUCAGUCCCCUUGGCAUUCACAGUUUGAGUUCGGACUUGGCAAGCUAAAACGUCCUGAGGCUGAGUAGGAAUGUAAAAUGCAUCAGUAUUUAGCACUGGGAAACUCCAUCUGCUACUGCCCGGGGACAGAAAGAAUGAAAAAUGCUGGGUAAGAUUUAACCACCAUCUCCUGUUUAAAACAUAGAACCGUAUGAAUUUUUGCCCUCCAGGGGGGGUCACU